GACCCGGCCCGCCCGGCCCGGCCCGCCCCGCUACCUCGCGUCCGCCCGUCCCGGAAGUGGAGGCGGAGCAGCCGGUCCACGGUCUCCUGCAGGGAGAGAACAAGAGUGGGUGGGGGGGAGCCGGGGCCGCGCCGCGCCGCACUGCCCCGGCCCGGCCGCACCUUCCUGAAGCCGCCGGCGCCGCCGUCCCGCUCCUCCAUGGCGCCUUCCCGCCGCGCCCCUGCCCGGAAGUGCGCGGGCUCCGCCGCGGGGCGCGCCGGGAGCUGUAGUUGGAGGCGGCGGCGCGUCCUUCCGCCGGCGGCCGCCAUGGAGGAGUUCCGGCGGGCCUACGCGCGGCUGUGCGAGGCGGGCGGCGCGGCGCCGCAGGAGGCCGUGCUGCGGCGGCUGCGGGAGCCCGGCGCGGCGCCGGGGCGCGGCCGCCUGGACCUGGCGGCGCAGAGCCUCUCGCUGGAGACGUGCGGCGCGCUGGGGCGGCUGCUGCCCGGCGCCGCGCCCUUCGCCGAGGUGGCGCUCGGCGACUGCGGCCUCAGCGAGGAAGGUGUCAAACUUCUGUUGCAUGGGCUUUGCUCCAACACCACAGUCAAAUUUUUGGAUUUGAAGGGAAAUAACCUGCGAAUCAUAGGAGCGGAGGCUUUGGGAAAACUUCUUAGGCAGAACAAAUCCAUCAGGAGCUUAAUCUUGGAAUGGAACAGCCUGGGCUUGUGGGAGGAGGGCUUCUCCUUUUUCUGCCAGGGACUGGGAGCAAACAGCUUUCUCCAGCGGCUAGACCUGCGCAAUAACCAGAUCAACCAUCAAGGGGCAGGAGAGCUGGCCAUGGCACUGAAACGAAAUGCCAGCCUGCAGGAGCUAGAUUUGCGCUGGAAUAAUAUUGGGCUUUUGGGUGGCCGAGCUUUGCUGAACUGCCUGCACAGCAACAAGACCCUGAAGAGGCUGGAGCUGGCUGGGAACAAUGUUCCCAGUGACAUCCUGAAGGCUGUGGAAACAUAUGCAUGCUGUCCUGCUCUCUCUGCAUCAGAGCAAGCUUUGGAUCACAACCAAGACCGUCAGACAAUUCUCAGUGAGACCCGCAGUCGAACCCAAGUGCUCAGCAAGGAGGUUCUGAGUCUGAAGAAUGAGAAGGCCAAGCAGUUCUUGGAUUUGAUGGACACUAUAGACAGACAGAAAGAAGAAAUAGCCAGAAGCAGCAGGAUGUCUGCGGCACGAGUCAGCCAGCUGCAGGAAGCACUGGAUGAGCAGCACUCUAUUAUGAAUUCAUUGAAAGCCAAGCUGCAGAUGACUGAAGCCGCCCUGGCUCUGUCUGAGCAGAAGGUGCACAGCUUGGGAGAGCUGCUCAGCGCUAUGAAACAGGAACAAACUAGCAUGGCUGAGCACCACCUUAAGGAGCUCCAGCAGCAGAAACAGGAAGGUGCUGAUCGGGAAGGCAAACUUUUCCGAGAGUUGUCUGCUGCCAGUGAGAAGAACCUGCUUCUAAGAAACCAGGUGGAUGAGUUGGAGAAGAAGUGCAAAGUCCAACAGGAUCAGCUCUUCCAGGUAAAACAAGACUUGACCAACACAACAGCAGAGUUGAAGCUUCGGGCUGUGCAGGCUGAGGAACGCUUAGAAGUGGAGAAGAGAAGAUUUAAACAAAGCCUUGAAGACGUGGAAUCCCUUCGGUUAAAAGAGGUGGAUUGUAUGACACAGCACAUUGAGGCCAGUGAACGUUCUAUGCAAGAGAGGAUCCAGAGGCUGGAGGCCGUCAGGAUAGCUCUGGAGGAGGAGCUGAGCCAAGUCAAAGCAGCUGCACUUAGCGAGCGAGGCCAGGCAGAGGAGGAGUUAAUAAAAGUCCGGAAUCAGGCACGGCUGGAGGAGCAACAACGACUAGAACACCUGGAAGAAAAGCUGCGGCUGAUGACCGAGUCACGGGAUGAAGCUCAGAACUGUUGCCUUAAGCAAAAACAAGUGGUUGGUGAGGCCCAAGCCAAGGCUAGUCAGUUGAGCCUGCAUGUUGAUAGACUCAGAAGGCAGAUAGAGGAACUUCAGCAGGACCUGAACAGUAAGGAACAGGAGAAGGUGACAGAAGUGAAUAAAGUAAAAGUGGAGUUACAGGAGCAGAUUGGACACCUGCAGGCUGAACGCACAGCACAAGAAGGACUUAAAGAGAAGAUCGCAGCCCUGGAGAGACAGCUGAAAGCCCUGUCAAGUAAUCACCGAGAGGCACUACUGGACAAAGAAGGUGAAAUCUCCAUGCUGCUGGAGAAGCUGAGAAUGAAAGAGGCUGAGAUCUCCAGAAUAAGGGAAGAAGAGGCCCAGCGAGCAAGCUUCUUGCAGAAUGCCAUCAUGGCAUAUGUGCAGGGCUCCCCCUUGGGACCCCUCAGUCCUAGGAAAUGAGAGUAUGGCCUAAAGAAUCCACAUAGGGUAAGCAGCUCAGGUACAGCUCGUUCUUAAGUGGGAGAGUUUUGUCUAAGUGGGGUGGCAUGAAGGAUUGCAAACAUAAGAAAAUCCUCUCUUGCUCUUGAGAAAUCCUGCUACUGACAGCAUAAAGGACUGAUGGAAGCAACCAUCCAAGACUGGGGUAGAGGCAGGUGGGUCUGAGUUCAUGGUGUGGAGCCCUUCCCCUGCACUGCUACAGCAUUCGAAGCAGUUUCAAUGUCCUUUUGUGUGGUACCAGUCUGUCAGUGCACCUAGUCAUUAUUAGUGGUGCUGCGUGUUCCCUGGGAAGUGGUCAUUCCGAAGCACUUGUUCGGAUGCCAGGGCUGUUCACAAUGAAAUCUUGUAAAUGACAGGCAGAAGCACUUUUUAUAGCUCCCUGUAGAUGGGAGCCUAUUACUUCGCCCUAAGCCAUGUACAUGGGGUCCAGAAGCUGCUGGAAACACUGGGUCUUAGCCACCUGCGCUUUUAUACCCAGCGCUACAGAUGCAAGCAGCCGCUGACAAGGCUCAGGCAGAUUUGCCUCCCUUUGGCUCUUCUACCCUGCCUCUUUUUGGGCCUGGCAGUAGUGAUGGCAGCAGAGAUGCACUCAUUACACACAGAAACAGCUAUGCUGAGAUGGACCAUGCAGUGGCUAUCCAUAUCCUUUGGGACGGCUGAGUUUUGGCCAUGAUUCAAGCUUUUACAACAUCAACCAACAUUAAAACAGGGUCAGUUUCUGUUCUUCAUCACUGUGAACUGCAGCCCUUGGCCGGAAUCCUUAUGGUCAAAAUACAGCGGGAUUUUAUUCCACUGUGACAAAUGUAAAACUGUCCUGCUGGCUUCUCAGGAUCCUGGAACUGAGCGCUACUUUCUGGGCCUUGGGCUGGAGAGGUACGAUAGUUCUGACCCACCACUGGGGAGAUGCUCGUCACAGCGCAAAAGAAAGGAUGUUGCUUCCUUUUCCUGGCAACAGAAGUCCAUCGAGUAACAUGGAAAAGGGGGAGGAGAUGUGAGGGGUCCGAACCAGAGAAAGGGGAGAACUCUGUCAGGAGUCCAAUGUGAGAGCCUUCUCUCCCUUUCUGCACUGAGUCUGUGGGGGGAAAUGAACUUUUAAUACGUAAUUUAAAAGGCAACUGAAAAACGAAGCCUUUCUUUCUGUGUGUGGUGCCUGCUUUGUGUUCAUGAUCUGUUUUAAAUACUGGGUUUUGCACUGCUUUUUUAAUAAAAAACUUUUGCAUUUUGCCAUAACUGAA